AUGUCUUUUCUCCCCGAAUCAAUCAAGGCCGUUCAAAUACAAGAUAACAAGACGGUCGCGGUCGUUACCCUUCCCUUCUCAUCUCAGGACAAGGUGCAACACCUGCCUGAGGAUGAAGUAAUAAUUCGCGAUUGCGUUGUCGGCCUUAAUCCCAGCGAUUGGAAGGUUGCAACCACAGACUGGGGUACCCCAGGUGCCAUCUCAGGCUGUGACGUCGCCGGUGAAGUUGUCGCCGUCGGGCCCGCCGUGACUCACCUCAAGGUGAGCGACCGUGCCUGCGCUCUACAUGACGGAGGAUCGUGGAAGGACAACGGCGGGUUCGCGCAGUACGUGCGUAUUGUCGCGGCCGCCUGCUUUGUUCUUCCUCCGGACAUGACAUACGAGGAAGCCGCAUCGUUUCCGGUAGCGCAGUUUACCUCCGUGCAGGCGCUUUAUAUGCGCAUGUCGAUCCCAAAGCCUUUCACACCUGAGGCUAUCGAGCUCAAGGCGAAGAGCGAGCGCAUCCUAAUCUGGGGAGGUAGCACGGCGUGCGGGCAUCAUGCUGUCCAGCUUGCGGCUUUGUCGGGUCUGGAGGUGUAUGUUACAGCGUCGCCUGCGGCGCAUAACGAGCUCAGAGCUCUCGGAGCAUCCCAGGUCUUUGAUUACAAGGACCCUGACAUCGUCACAAAGAUUCAAGCGACUUCUGGCAACAAGGGAAUCAUCUACGCAGUUGAUUGUGUCUGUGAAAAGGGCAGUACAGAGGCUACCAUCGACGUGAUCUCGCGAACUCGCGGAGGAAAAGUCAUGGUGCUUCUCCCUGUUCCCGACUUCAUCGCGAAGCGCCGCCCAGACGUCGUCGUCGAUGUUAAUCUUGCUGGUACACUGCUCGGUCGCGAGAUCACUGUCGCAAACAGAUGGCAUCAGCCGGCGAUGCCGGAGGACAAGGCUCGUAUACAGGAGUGGUGCACUCGCGACGUGCCAAGAUUGCUCGAUGGAUGGAAGGCAGGUGUUGGCGCGGCGAAGUACAAAGCGCAGCGCCUGCGCGAGAUCCCAGGCGGGUUUGAUGGCAUUUUGGAGGGGCUGAAGAUCAUGCAGAAAGGCGCGUACGGGCGCGAGAAGCUCGUGUGUAGGAUUGCGUGA